AUUGCCGUACAUGGUAAAAGAGAUUUCGCAAUCGGUCGCUCUCCAUGUUACAAACAAAAACAGUCCGAGCUCAUACGGACGGGAUUAAACUUCGGUUUUCUAGGGGAACUUUCUCAUCUUUUGACGGACGGUUGAGCCCGCCGCCUCCCAGUGAAGGCUCUGUCCAUCUGCAGGACCUUCUUCUUUGCUUCCAGUCUUCUAUUCAGCUCUACACCUGAGGAGACUCUGGUCAAAGAUCAGCACCUGUUGGCAGCACAUCCAAAUGAGCCGGCCGUCGCAGCCGAAACUAACUGCAACUGACCACAACGGCGUGAGCGUCAUCCAGAGCCAGGCCCACGCCGCUUCUUCGUCCCUGCCGGCAGCCGUAGCCGGACUGCAGCAGGUCCCGCAACUAGUCCCAGCAAACCCUUCAACCGGAGGUGGCAAAGCCCUCGCCCCCAGCAAGAUGAAGAAACCCCCCGCAGACAAGGAGAGCGAGGAGUACCGCCAGCGGCGCGAACGCAACAACCUGGCAGUGAAGAAGAGCCGCAUGCGCAGCAAGCAGAAGGCGAUGGACACGCAGCAGCGCGUCAACGAGCUGAAGGAGGAGAACGAGCGGCUCGAGGCAAAGAUCAAACUGCUGAGCAAAGAGCUGAGCGUGCUCAAAGACCUCUUCCUGGAGCACGCUCACAACCUGGCCGACAACGUCCAGCCGCCCGCAGGCGCAGAGGGUUCCAGUCCCGCCCCCAACAGUACCUCCACCAACGGGCAGUGAGGAGGGUAACCACCAGGAUGUUGAAUAUCUGCAGCUUUUAUGGAAGCUUCUCCCUUUGGGAAUGAGGCCCCACUUCUUCUUCAUGGCUUUUUCUUUUUUUUUUGUGAUUAUCAGUUAUUAUUUAACCUCUUAAUAAUUCACCACCAUCAUCAUCCAGUUCGCCAAAAUAACCGCCAGUGUUCCCACCGUCUACCCAGAACACCUCAGAGUUUUAACACAUUUGGAAUCAUUUUAGAAGAAAAAGCUUAAACAUGUUUUCUGGAAAUAUCUUUUAAAAAUUUAAAAAAAUCCACUGAAGUGUGAUUUUUAAAAUUGAAAGCCAGUUAGUCUGUGAUGUUUGGCUGGAAGCCUCCAGCUGUGUCAUCGCUCCUCUGAUUGACUCAUUAAUUUGGGGGAACAUGAUGCGAUGUGAACUCGUAUAAACUGAGUCGUCGUCUGUCAGGAUUCUCUGGAACAACAAAAAAAAAAUCACCACACAUUUCCUGCAUUUCCUCUUCCUGGUGGCGGAAAACCCCCGGUUCAGUGUGAUGAAGACGGCCGUGACCAUCGCUGAGCGCUCCGCAGCCGCAGGAUGGACUUGUAAAUGCUAAAAUUCCCUUUUUCAGGAUGUGUAUUUUCUUCUGUUCUUCUACAAAGAGUUUGUAAAACAAAAAAGUGUUUUUAUUGUUAAGUACAUUCACUACAUGUUGAUGUUUUAAGCACAGUUCUGUUUGUAUGUGUGUGGGGUUUUUUGUUUUUGUUUUUUCAUGACUCGUGUUGUUUAAGAUCAGAAAUAGAAAAAAACGUUUAUAUUUGACUCUACUGAGUGAAAACAGAGGGAGGGUUAGGGUUACAGACACACACACAGACACAUUUAUCCUUUACUGGGUGGUUUUAUUAACAUGUUUGAGUUGCACACUUUUAAUUUUGGGGUCUGAAUCGCGGAGUCUUUCCUGCAGAGUCGGUGCAUGUUAAACCUUGGUCUCCUGCCAUAUCAGUGGCUGCCCAAGCCUUAGACGGCUGAAGCCGGCAGCGCUCGGCCCUGACAAAACAGAACAAAAUGCUAAUUUCACUGGAAAUGGAAUCAAUGGCUGUGUGCACAUUUUUAAUACACGUCACAGCUGAUUGGUGUUAAAUGAGAAAAUAAACCUCUAAACUCAUUUCACGCCACUUCAAAAAAUCACAAGUUUAGACUGUGAACAGAUGGACUUAAACCUGUUAAUAGGACAUGUUUAGGUAAAAAUAAAACCACUUGUUUAUUUGGCAGUAUUGACAAUCACGGGGCCUCCAGCAGUGUCAGAGUGUAAAAAUCUUAUGUUUAUUUUUGAAAAUUAUCAGCGUGUUUUCUUUUAGUUUCACGCUGAAGAUUUGAGGCUUCAAUCGGGGCGUUGACAGGAAGACGGGGCAUCGAUCCUGCUGCUGAUAUGACAGCAAGACCAUGUUGUUGUGUUGAAACUGUGUAAAGGUGGAGGUGUGCGCAAGACGAACCCCCUCCCGCCACCUGUUGGAGUGGCCUGUCCAGACAGGUGUGUUUGUGUUUGUGUGUUCGCCGCUGGGCGGACCCAGACACCUCAGACUCUUCAGGCGAGCCACAGAUUUAAUUAAACCCACUUUUAACCCGGGCCAGCUGAUUAGCCGCCUGCUAAUGAGGUGUGAGCAGAUCGGGACAGGCCCGUGCCCCGCAGGCACGCCGCAGAGAGGGGCGGGGCCACCGCGCACUGCUGUCAGACUUUAUAAUUAUAUGAGCUUUGUGUGGGCGUGGAGUGUUUUUCCACAGGGUUUGUCUGUCAGGAGCUUCGCCUCUGCAGGAAUGUUGUUGUUGCUUCUGAGCUGCUCAAGCCAACGUUCCCACAAGGUUCUCCGAAUGUUUCCUGUAGACUUUGAUUUUUUAAUUUUUCUGCACAGAUUCGUCCAGAAAGUUCAGCGAGUUUUAAACAAAAACCUUCAGAAUGUGUUUUCAUCCAGCAGUUUAUCCAAGUCGUGUGAAGUUUAGUUUCUGCAAAUUGUCGAUAUUUUGCAGUUUUUCCAUCAUGCACGUGUAUUUUCCCGCAUUUUAUCAGACUUGAGCAGUGGAAAUGAAAUCAAAUCAUGUUUGACCUGAAUCACUUCAGCUAGUUGCGGUUGGAGCUGAAAGUUCCAGUUCUCUUUAUUAGUGUAACAUAUUUUGAUUGGUGUUGUGGGGACGGGAGUUUCGUUGAGCACAGCCUUCACCUUUGUCUCUUUUUUUGUUUGUAUUGUUCAUCUUUCUACACUUUUAUUCCAACAGAAGCAUGUUUGUUAGGGAAGUGUUUGCAUGGUGGGGUGGGGGUGGGGGGGUGUGAAAGUUUAGUGCACUCAUAAAAUCAAAUCUUCUGGUCUUAACUGAGCGGAUCAGGAAGCAGACGUGAUGGUUGUGCUGUUUUGCUUUGCUCUGAAUGUUGCUGGGCAGCAUUUCUCUGUCACUCAGCUUUUUUAUAUCAGAACCGGCUCACCUGCAUUAUAAAUUAAAAUUGAGUAUAAAA